CUCUCCCCCAAGACUGCCAGAGCCCAGCCAACUUUCCUGCACACUCCGUUGUGGGUAUGCGUCUGCAGCUUGUGUUGGAAAGAGUCGGCUUACAGAUACCGCCAUGCGAGAUCUCCAUCCCGUCCUCUUAGCCCGCAGCCGAGAAACAGGUUGCCGUUGGGUCAAGUCCGCAGCACGCCAUUGUCCAACCAUUAUGUCGCGCCGCCUGUGUUAAGCACUGUCAAGAACCGUGUGAUGCCCCGCGGGCUCGCUGGCUCCGCGCGGCAUCUUCUGCCUCAUCAAGCUAUAUCCAAACGGAGAGCAAAAAAGACGGGUAGCAGCGCGAGCGGGCGGACGAGAACCGGACUUGAGUUUGCCGUGAACACUGUCAGAAACCCCAGGUCUGGUCUGAGAGGCAUGACAGACGAGAUAUCUGCUGUCCUACCACCUUACUGGGAAAGGGCCCACGACCAACGGCACCACAAGGGUCCAACGCGGGCGACGGCAUACCAAUGUCUUGAUCUGCGCAACCGAUUAUCUGCAGUGCCUGUCGCACAUUGCAACAACGACCGCCGAAUCUCGCGCCGGGUAUCUAGAUCAUUACCGGUCUCGGCUUGUUGCAGGACAGCACGUUGGACCAUACAUGCCAGGCCCCAAUCCCGGGUUGUCUGUGUUGGGCAAGCAGCCGGCACCUCACUCGCCAUCACCAAUAGCGUUUUUGCUUCUCCUCCGGUAGCUCGUGCCAUUCACAUGCCCAUACGCGGACGGCGUAGUAGAAAAACUAUGAGACACCAGCAGACGUCAGAUCGAUUCUUCCAUCCUGCCGACCCGUAAACCACUGGGUCAAAGUCCCAACUGCCCAUAUGACGACUAGUCUGCGUGAUCAAUUUACCUCAUGCGGGUUCUUUAGUAUGCAAGGGAGGUGGAGCAUGGACGAUGCUGGUGUCGAUGCUCACGCUGCUACCUUAUUGACCAGUCCAAGCGUGAGUAGCAGUAAGCGAUCGUGAACCGGGGGGCUAUCUGUCUCGAGUGCUCGCGGCAUCGAGAUCAGAUUGAGAGCUGAUCGGGAAACACGUGGAGCGUCCCAACUGGGCGAGAUCCUGUGGGGACUCCGGAGGGACCGUGCUUGUCUAUUGCCAGUGGCGUCUGCUCCUACCGAUGGCCGAGUCCGAUGG